AUGGCGCCACCAACGCAACCUCUCAACCUUGACGUGGAAGCAAUCUCAGGAAUUGCAGGUUCCAUAUCCAUAGCAUGCUGGGUCGUCGUCUUCAGCCCCCAGAUCAUCGAGAACUUCCGCCGCAGUGCAGCCGACGGUCUGUCCCUCCAAUUCGUCAUCGUCUGGCUCGCCGGAGAUGUAUUCAACAUCCUCGGCGCAGUCCUGCAGGGCGUGUUACCUACCAUGAUCAUACUUGCAAUAUACUACACCAUUGCCGAUAUAGUCCUGCUGGGGCAGUGUUUCUACUACAGGGGCUUUACGUGGAAGGAUGAGGUCGUCCCGCCCACGCCCAAGAAGAAGAACAACAACCGAGUGAAUGGUGAGAACGGCGGGCAGCACCGCAAUGGCAACGGCAAUGGCGCCAGCAACAACGGUGGCGGGCCUGAGCCCAACGAGAGGACGAGCCUGUUGGACCAGCGCGAGCGCCGCGGCUCGGACUGGUCCGAACGCCUCAUCCACGUUAACCCCAUCGUGCCCAUCAACGAGCCCUCCGCCACGCCUCCCCCGCCUGCAUCAACCCUGCAGGCGGUCGCCUGGAACACGGUGGCAGUGAUCAUGGUGAUCGGCGCGGGCGUGGCAGGCUGGGCGCUCAGCCACGGCUACGGGUCCGAUGAGCACGGGGACGAGCCCAGCGGCGGCGAUGCCAUCCACUUCGACCUGUGGGGCCAGAUCUUCGGGUACCUGUGCGCGGUGCUUUACCUGGGGUCGCGGCUGCCGCAGCUGCUGCUCAACUGGCGGCGCAAGUCGACCGAGGGCCUGAGCAUGCUGUUUUUCUUAUUCGCCUGCCUGGGCAACCUGACCUAUGCGCUGUCCAUCUUUGCCUUUGACCCCAAGUGCUACGGCGAUGACGCCGGGUGUGAGCCGGGCGAGGCGGGAAGGAUUUACGGCCGGUACAUCCUCGUCAACCUGUCGUGGCUGGCCGGCAGCGUGGGCACGCUGCUGCUUGACAUGGGCGUGUUUGUGCAGUUCUUUUUAUACAACAAGACCAGUGAUGACGAUGAGGAAGAUAUGGACGGAAGCGCAAUCGAGGAUGAUGAAGAUGGCAGGAGUAUCGAUGGGGACAGGUGGGACCAGAGGCCGAUCCUGGAGAGGAAUCAGUCCGAGUGGUCGACUUAG